GCGGAGUGGAGAAGUCCUCCUGAGGCUCUCAAAGCACGGACCGGGCCACGAGACCCCGAUGACCGUCCCCGAGUUCUUCCGCGACUCCGUCAACCGCUUCGGCACCCACCCAGCUCUGGCCUCGAAGAACGGCAAGAAGUGGGAGAUGCUGAACUUCACCCAGUACUACGAGGCCUGUCGGAAGGCCGCCAGGUCCCUCAUCAAGCUGGGUCUGCAGCGCUUCCACGCAGUUGGCAUCCUGGGUUUCAACUCCAUGCAGUGGUUCAUAGCUGCGCUCGGCGCCAUCCUAGCAGGGGGCCUCUGUGUUGGCAUUUAUGCCACGAACUCUGCCGACGCUUGCCAAUACGUCAUCACUCAGGCCAAGGUGAAUGUCUUGCUGGUGGAAAACGACCAACAGCUUCGGAAGAUCCUUUCGAUUCCAGAAAGCAAGAUGGAAACCCUGAAAGCCAUCGUCCAGUACAGGCUGCCCAUGCGGGAGAGAAAUAAUAACCUAUAUUCUUGGGACGACUUCAUGGAGCUCGGCAACAGCGUGCCCGACCUCCAGCUGGACCGGAUCAUCGAGAGCCAGAAGGCGAACCAGUGUGCUGUUAUCAUCUAUACGUCCGGCACCAUGGGCAACCCCAAGGGCGUCAUGCUCAGCCAUGACAAUAUCACAUGGCUAGCGGGGACGCUGGCCAAGAACCUGGGCCUUACAAGCACAAGCACCACGGGCAAGCAGGAGGCAGUGGUGAGCUACCUGCCCCUCAGCCACAUCGCAGCCCAAAUGAUGGACAUCUGGCUGCCCAUCAAGGUCGGGGGUGUCACGUACUUUGCUCAGACCGACGCGCUCAAGGGCUCGCUGAUCGGCACACUGCAGGAGGUGAAGCCCACGGCUUUUCUUGGGGUGCCCCGCAUCUGGGAGAAGAUGCAGGAGACGCUAAGGCAGAGCAUGAGCAAGUCCUCGAGCCUGAAGAAGAAGGUGUUCUCGUGGGCCAAGAAUGCCGGACUCAGGGUCAACACGAGGAAGAUGAUGGGGAAACGCGAUACCACUGUGAGCUACCGCAUGGCCAAGGCCUUGGUGUUCAGCAAGGUCAGGAGCUGGCUGGGCCUAGACCACUGCCGUUACUUCAUCAGCGGGGCCGCGUCACUGUCCUCAGAGACUUCUGAGUUCUUCCUCAGUUUGGAUAUUCCCAUUGGCGAGAUGUACGGGCUGAGUGAGAGCUCAGGACCCCACACGGUGUCCACCCAGCACAACUACCGCCUUUACAGCUGCGGGAAGGUCCUGAGCGGCUGUAAGACCAUGGUGUCCCAGCAGAACGCCAAUGGCAUCGGCGAGGUCUGCCUGUGGGGCCGCCACGUCUUCAUGGGCUACUUGGACAUGGAGGAUGCCACCACGGAGGCCAUCGAUGAGGACGGCUGGUUGCACUCCGGGGACCUGGGCCGCGUGGACACCCAGGGCUUCCUGUACAUCACGGGACGCAUCAAAGAAAUCCUCAUUACGGCUGGUGGCGAGAACGUGUCCCCUGUCCCCAUCGAAACCCUGGCGAAGCAGAAGAUUCCCAUUAUCAGCCAUGCUGUGCUGGUGGGAGACAAGGCCAAGUUCCUGAGUAUGCUGCUCACACUGAAGUGUGAGACCGACUGGCUAAGCGGGGAGCCGCUGGACAAGCUGAGCCCGGAGGCGCUCAACUUCUGCCGAGCCGUGGGCAGCCAGGCGAGCACCGUGACGGAGGUCGUGAGGCUGCGGGACCCCCUGGUGUACAUGGCCAUCCAGCAGGGCAUCGACGCUGUCAACGCGGAGGCCAUUUCCAACGCGCAGAAGAUCCGCAAGUGGCUGAUUUUGGAGAAGGACUUCUCCAUUGUAACCGGCGAGCUAGGUCCGACGACAAAAAUUAAGAGGCAUUUCAUAAACCUCAAAUACAGGCUGCAAAUCGAGAGCCUAUACCAAUGACUGUGCAAGUGGCUGCACUUGCUGCGGGCUGACUGACGGUCCGCCGGGUGGCGGCUUGCUCCUCGGAGCAGGUGCUGCUCCUUGAGUCUGCGAGGUCAUGCUGUCCUGGUGGUCGCCUUGCCCGACGGUGGUGAGGAGGUGCCCUCGUUGAACCCUGCCUGCUGCAGCCCAAGGCUUCUCACAGAGGACAUCAAGAGACCUUAGCCGCCUCGAGUUUGAAGGGCCAGGCCCCCGGACCUACACACGUGCCUGGGAGCCCCACUUGGAAGCCCCCCGACAAGUUCUGACAAUAAAGCUCUUUGCUGUCACUGGUCUCGAU